UCGGCGGGACAGCGGGAUGUGACUCCGCUGGUCAUUUGUCCACUUGUCCGGCGGCAUGGCCACGCUCCGGCCGCUCCUGCUGCUGCUGCUGCUGCUGCUGGCCUGGCGCUGCGGAGGGGAGGACGCGGAGGUGCUGUGCGCCGACAGCGCCUGCUACACCCUGCACCGGGAUGAGAGCAACUGGAAAAGCGCCCAGGAGCGCUGCCAGGAUAACGGAGGCAACCUGGCGCCGGCGGGCAGCGCGGGCGAGGCCGAGCGGCUGCGGGAGCUGCUGGCCACCGCCGGCUGGGCCGGCCCGGCCUGGCUCGGGCUCGCCCUGCCCCGGGGCCACUGCGUGCGGCCGCAGGAGCCGCUGCGAGGCUUCUCCUGGGUGGCCGGAGGGGAGCCGGGCAACUUCUCGCAGUGGGCAUCCGAGCCGGCCGUCACCUGCGUGAGCGCCCGCUGUGUGGCCCUGAGGCCGCCCGGCCCUCAUGGCCCCGCCGGCUGGGCCGACCGGGCCUGCCGGAGCACGCUGCCGGCUUUCCUCUGCAAGUUCAGCUUCCAGGGAAUGUGCGGGCUCCUGCCGCUGGCCGGCCGAGGCACGGUCACCUACGCCACGCCGUUCGGGGUGCGCAGCGCCCGCCUGGCCGCCGCUCCCUUCGGCACGCUGGCCGAGGUGCAGUGCGACAGCGGCCGGGCCGCGGCCUUCGCCGUCUGCAAGGGGCCGCUGGCCGGGGGCGGCUUCGCCUGGCACCCGCCGGGUCCGCUGUGCCCCGUGGACUGCGGGCACCACAACGGGGGCUGCCAGCAGCGCUGCCUGGACGUGCCCGGCGAGCCCCCGCGCUGCGCCUGCCACCCCGGCUACGUGCUGGCCGCCGACAUGGCCUCCUGCCUGGCCGAGGAUUCCUGCCAUCCCAACCCCUGCCAGGGCUCCUGCCGCCCGCGGACCGGCGGCUUCGAGUGCGGCUGCGAGCCUGGCUACGCCCUGGCGGCCGACGGGCGCGGGUGCUCGGAUGUGGAUGAGUGCGAGUCCGGGCCGUGCCAGCACCAGUGCCACAACAUUCCCGGCGGCUUCCAGUGCCUCUGCCGGCCCGGCUACCGCCCCGCGGGGCCCGCUGGCCACCAGUGCCACGACGUGGACGAGUGUGCCCAGCCUCACGCGUGCCCGCAGCUCUGCAUCAACAUUCCCGGCUCCUUCCGCUGCACCUGCCGGCCCGGCUUCCAGCGGCAGCCGGGAGGAGAUUCCUGCCUGGAUGUGGAUGAAUGCCUGCGGGAUCCGUGUCCCGGCGCCUGCCGCAACUUCCCCGGCGGCUACGAGUGCCUGUGCCCGCCUGGCUCCCUCCGGGACGCGGAUGGCCACGGCUGCAGCCCCGGAGAGGCGAUCCCAAACAGUAUCCCACAGAGCUCCAGCAUCCCACAGAGCUCCAGCAGCAUCCCACAGAGCUCCACCGUCAUCCCACAGAGCUCCGGCAGCAUCCCAAAGAGCUCGGGCAUCCCACAGAGCUCCGGCAUCCCCCGCACCACGCGCAUCCCAUGGACCACAAGCAUCCCGCGUUCUCUGGGAAUGCCCACGGCGGGACUGGGGGCCGGCUCGGACGAGCACAGCGCCGACGGGCCGCGGCUGCUGCUCUACUACAUCGUGGGCAGCCUGGUGGCCAUCCUGCUCCUGCUGGCGUUCGCCCUGGCGCUCGUGGCUUGCAGGAAAAGGGCGGCCAGGAGGGAGAAGCCUCCGGCCAAAAACGCGGCCGAUAAUUAUUGCUGGGUGCCCGAGCAGCCCGAGAGCCGCGGGGAGCGCAGGUAGGAGAGGGUUAAAAAUCCCAGUGGAAGGGUGGGAGGGAAUGCUUUGUGCCCAAAGUGAGCUCCUCGGGCUGUUCCAGUGGGAGCAGCCUGCUGCUCCAAGGGUUAACGAGAGGGAAGAGGGAAUGGGGUGGAAUUUGUCUCCUCAGCUCUGCUCCAAAAGGCAAAUUCGAAAUUGUUGGAUCGUUUUCCUAAAGGGAAACUCCUCACUUGGAAUCCUCCUGCAGCCCCUUGUGCACUGCUCCCUCUGGAUUUGCCUCGUUCUUCUGGAAAAGGGUUUGAAGUUGGGAUGGGAAAGGAUUUGAAAUUGGGAUGGAAAAGGGUUUGAAGCUGGGAUGGGAAAGGGUUUGAAAUUGGGAUGGGAAAGGGUUUGAAAUUGGGAUGGGAAAGGGUUUGAAGUUGGGAUGGGAAAGGGUUUGAAAUUGGGAUGUGCCUCAGCAGAGCUCGAACAGGCCCCUGCAGGCACAACCAGGGUGGGGUUUAAGGGUUAUUUUUGGGGUUUUAUUAAAAAUCUGUCGCCUGAAACCACGGAAAACUGCUCAUCAUGGAGCCAAGGAAUGGCAUAAAGGUAGGAAAAGCUGUGUUUGGAGUAACCACCUCCUCAUUUCCUGAGUAUCCUGCCUAAAUCCACUUCUAAAAAGAGAAAACAAUGCUCUCCUUCCCAUCAGCCACAUGAGAGGCUGGGCUUUUCCUGUUGGAUCAUUUGUUUUGGGAAGGAUCCUUCCCGGCUCCAGGCUGAACAUGCUUUCCCUCUCUCCCUGUGUAAGGAACAUGCUGGAAUUGGAAUAUUUGCUGUUUAUUCUGUGUAAAACUCUGUAACUCCCAAAAAACUCUCUGGGCCAGGUUGCUCCCCAGGUACUUCCCAAAACUCCUUGAGCCUUUUCCAGCGGGAAUUCUGCCCAAAAUCCUGAGGGGCACACCCAGCAGCACCUCCCUCCAUGGUUUAUCCAUGCUGUGAAGGGCUGGAAAAGAUCAUCCACGGGAUUUGAAGGGUCCAGCAGGUUCCUGAAGUUUCUGCUGGAGUUAUUUUGUCCCUGGAGCUGAAUUGCUCCAGGAAUGGGAAUAGAACACAAAGGAGUUUGUGGUGGGCAGGGAGCUGCAUCCUGUCAUUCCCUGUGCUGAGCAAAACCCUUUCCUGCUUUUUUCUUGUCUUGGGGCUCCAUUGUGAGCUGCAAACAGGAAAAUGGAGCUGAUAGGAAUGUUUUCCUUGUGCUGCCUGGGUUGGGAGAAAGGGAGGGAAUGCAGCACAGGAUUCUUGGAAAUCCUGCCGAAAAUUCCCAGAUCCCAAGGCAGCAGAGCAUUGGAAAUAGCUGGAUCAAUGAAGGAAAUCCCAUGUAAUUAUGCUGGAUUGGGAUCUGUGGGAAGUGACAGCCUUGGGGUUUUUUAUGGGAUAUAAGGCUAUAAAAAAGGAAAAGAAAAGGUGAGGGUGGAAUCAGAGCUGGGAAAAACCUGAGGUGUGUUGUUUAUUCCCCAAAAAUCAAAAUCCUGAUUUCUGUUGCAACCUCUGUGUAUUCCAUUGGGGAAUGAUGAUGGAUCUAGGGGAAGACAGGGAUUUGUGCCAAGGUUUAGGUUGGAUUCUCCCUAAUGGAAGGUUUCCUGCUGUAGCAUCCUCCCUCCUGGUGCAAUUCCACCUGGAUCCAACGUCAUGUCUCUCAUUUUUCCUGACACAUCUUGAUCCAUGGCCUCCUUAGGGAGUUGCCCAGGGACUUGUGAAUCCCACAAAGUUGGAGCAGGAUGAUUUGGUGCUCUGUCUUCCCCAGAAGAUGGGAUGUUCAUCCUGCUCCUUGGAAUUUUUUGUCAUGGAUGAGAUGAGUGUUUUACUUUCUCAGAAUGAAACUCUUGGAUUUACAGGAUAAAGUUAUCCCAAUAGCUCUCUCUGGAAGAAAUUCCAAGAAAACCCGUAUGAAAAUGUGUUUGCAGUGGGUUUUAAUAAAGAUAUUCCUAAAAAUC